CACAGCAGAGGAUCAUCUCUUCCAGAUAUUUCUUGCCGGAACAGUACUACAGGAGAAGGAAGCAAGCAUGGAAGCAGCGGUGGUGACGCUGGCAAAGCUUGUCGCAUCCAGCCGCCCUACGUCAGCCGACGUUCCCGUGAGCGCUGCCGUCGAGCUGACCUGUGGUGCCAACGAGAUAUGGCGGGCCCCACGCAGGAAAUUCCACAUCAGCCGACGACAAGUCAAAUCCGAACACCCAUCAGCUCAUCACGCCUGGAAACCAGGAGGCUCAAAACCUCACUGCUCACACGCUAUCGAAGUCUAUAAAUCCCGGCGCAUCGUCUCCCACCGCCGGCUCGACAAGCUUCUUCGUCUUCCAGCAGAGCUCCAGAUGAAUCACACAUCCUCUGCCUCUGGCAUCUACGACUCCGCCGGAGCUCCAACCGCGCCGCCGCUCCUGUUCGGCGCGGCCGAUGACACCGAGGACAUGCUCCGGCAGCUCGACGCCUUCCUCUUCGCCACGGACGCCGCCGAGGACAGCUCCGAUUGGCUCUCUGCCUCGCCCUCAUCUUCCUCCGAGCCAUCUGAGGCGGGAAUGGUGCCACUGUCGCCGAGCACGCCGGAGCAGCAGCGGCGGCCGGACGCGGGCGCUUCGCCGCCGGGCGAGAAGCGGCCGGCGACGGCCUUCAUCGGCGUGCGCAAGCGUCCCUGGGGCAAGUUCGCCGCCGAGAUACGGGACUCCACGCGCCGGGGCGCCCGCGUGUGGCUCGGCACCUUCGACACCCCCGAGGCCGCAGCGCUCGCCUACGACCAGGCCGCCUUCUCCGCGCGCGGCGCCGCCGCGGUGCUCAACUUCCCCGUCGAGCGCGUGCGGGAGUCGCUGGCGGCGCUCGCGCUCGCGGGCGCGGGCGGCGGCGGCUCCCCCGUCCUCGCGCUGAAGCGGCGGCACUCCAAGCGCACGCGCAGGCGGAAGGAGCAGCUGUCCCCUGCGACCGACACCGGCAGGAACCAUCUCAAGCCGCGGCGACAACCCGAGCGCCAGUGCGCCGACGCGUCCCCCGUGCCGCUGCCGGUGCCGGAGCCGGAGCAGCGGGUGGCGGCGCUGUGCCAGUGCCACUGCGGCCGUGGCGGAGUCGUGGAGCUGGAGGACCUCGGCACCGAUUACUUGGACGAGCUCCUCCGAGUGUCGUCGGAGUUGGAGUGUUCGUUGAUACGUUGAGAGCAUUGAGAUUUGAGGCCGGUCGACGUCGUCGUCGCCGUCAGCCUCAGAACGUUCCAGGCUCCAGCACUGUCAAGCAAUUGCCAUCGCACGGCGACCCGACAUUAUUGUAAAUUUCGGAAUUAAGUAGUCGACCCGAUUCUGCUCGUUGGCACACGUUAUUAUCAUCUUGAAUAGUUUAACUUAUGCAUACCACCCACUAACCAAACAUAAACUCUAAUACAUCUCUCUCUUAUGAUGCCAA